AAACCCCCAAAAUAAAAUUAAUCAAAAUGAGAUGAGAAGAAGCAUUCCCUAAACCGAUAAAGAUUCUCAAAUUCCCAAUCAAAGAUUUUUCCCCUCAACGACGAAGGCGACCAUGGUGAUUUCAUCUCCAACUUUAUCCUUUACUUCUUCCAUUCCGAAGCUUCCUCCAUCUCUUUCACCUUCAUUUUCCUCUUCUAAAUCCGCCUUCUUCGCCAACAAUGCCACCACCAGUUUCUUCACCUACGGUGACCAUAACCAUUCUUCGCUACUGCGUUUGACCAGCUUCAGAACCACCACUAAAACAACUCAUAAGGGUUUCACUUGUAAUGCUUUGUUUGGUCUUGGCGUGCCUGAACUUGUUGUAAUCGCUGGUGUUGCAGCUUUGGUUUUUGGGCCUAAGAAGUUGCCUGAAGUUGGGAAGAGUAUUGGGAAAACAGUCAAGAGCUUCCAACAGGCAGCCAAGGAGUUCGAGUCCGAGCUGAAGAAAGAACCUGAGCCAACUGAAGAGACUUCAGUAGAAAAGCCUACAUCAACGGAAGCAGAGGAGAGACAAGAUUUGAAGGUAUCAAACCAAAAAGAGACUGUAUGAAGCGGUAGGUAGUCCAUCAUUUCCACAUCUACAUUUAUCAUUGUGUUUUAUGUAUUAUGAGAAUCAGUUACUGGAAUCUGAAGAUCACUUAAUGAAGAAAAUUAGUUUUCCAGUGCUGGACUCUGAUGGAUACCAUAAUCCACUCUAAUUAUAUCAAAAAGGAAAUAUAAGCUAUAACCUCAACUAGGCCGAUCUGAGAGGGCAACUUCUCUCCCUACCAACAACAUAAUAUCUGAGCUUUCCUUCACAA